AAUCAAUUCUCAUUUGCUCUUGGGUUUCACAACCGUGCGGGAAUCACGAAAAAUGCUGAGCCGUCUUUCGCCUGCCAGCAUCCGCCGUCUCUCCACAUCAACACGAUGCCUGAGCGACAAAAACGAGCCGGAUCUCUCCGAUCCCAAAACUCUGGCCCUUCACAAGCUCUACCGCCCGGAACGCACCACACCCCAGAAGCGAGGAAUCGACCUGCUCAAGUCGCCCGGGCUCAAUAAGGGAAUGGCUUUUUCCCUCCACGAACGUCAAUAUCUCGGAGUUCACGGGCUUCUGCCACCCGCAUUUAUGACCGAAGAGCAACAAGCCUACCGUAUCAUCACAAAACUCCGCCAGCAACCUGACAACCUUGCCAAGUACAUUCAAUUGGACUCGUUGCAGGAUCGUAACGAGAAGCUCUACUACCGAGUGCUCUGCGAUAAUGUGAAGGAGCUCAUGCCAAUUGUGUACACUCCUACCGUAGGACAAGCCUGUCAGCAUUUCGGAUUCAUCUACCGUAACCCAAAGGGUCUCUACAUUACUAUUAAUGAUAAUAGUAUUAGUAAAAUCCAUCAGAUUCUUGCAAAUUGGCCGACAGAGAACGUCCGAGCAAUUGUGAUCACUGACGGAGAGCGGAUCCUCGGCCUCGGCGACCUGGGAACCUAUGGAAUCGGAAUUCCCGUUGGAAAACUUGCACUCUACGUUGCGCUCGCAGGGAUUCGCCCGGAAUGGUGUCUCCCGGUGAUUCUCGACGUGGGAACUGAUAACAGCGAGCUGCUCAACGAUCCAUUCUACACGGGGCUCCGUAGAAAGCGUGUUAGAGGUCCCGAAUACGAUACGCUCGUCGAUAAUUUUAUGAAGGCGGCCACGAAGCGGUUCGGACGGGAUACGCUGAUUCAAUUUGAAGAUUUUGGAAAUCAGAAUGCGUAUCGGUUGUUGGAUCGGUAUAAGGGAGAAUAUUGCAUGUUUAAUGAUGAUAUUCAAGGUACCGCCGCUGUCGUCGUCGCCGGCCUGCUCGCCUCAACUCGUAUCACCAAGAAGAAGCUCUCCCAGGAACGGAUCGUCUUCCUCGGAGCCGGUGGAGCCGCCACCGGAGUCGCCGAAAUGUGUGUCCGACAGAUGAUGGACGAGGGAUUGUCGGAGGAAGAAGCUUGCGGUCGGAUUUAUAUGGUUGAUAUUGAAGGACUCAUCACGACGUCUCGUAGUAAAUCUCUUGGCGAGAGACAUGUGAAAUUCGCUAAAGAUCUUCCGGAUACCAAGAAUCUGCUGGAAGUUGUGAAGACUGUCAAGCCUGGAGCACUCAUCGGAGCAUCUACGGUGGCUGGAGCAUUUACGGAGGAUAUUAUUAAGGAAAUGGCUCGGCUGAACCCGAGGCCAAUCAUUUUUGCACUGUCCAACCCUACAAGUAAAGCAGAAUGCACUGCGGAGACGGCUUAUCGCUGCACAAAUGGAGCCGUCCUCUUCGCCUCCGGAUCCCCGUUCGAAAAUGUCGAAAUGAAUGGAAAACUCUAUAAGCCAGGACAGGGAAACAACGCCUACAUCUUCCCGGGUGUUGCUCUCGGAGCCGUCCUCUUCCGUACCAAAAACAUUCCGGACAAGCUGUUCCUUCUGGCCGCCCGUAUGGUCGCCGAAGCCGUAUCGGAGAAGUCGUUGAACACGUAUUCACGUGUAUAUCCACGUCUGAAGGAUAUUCGAGAACUUUCGGUGAAAAUUGCCGUAGAAGUUGGCGAGUAUUGUUAUCGACACGAUUUGGCCACUUUGCACCCGAAACCCGAUGAUAUGGAAAUGUUCAUUCGCCAGAACCUGUACAGUGUUGAGUAUGAUGAGCUGAUCAAUAAGACUUACGAAUGGCCAGCCAAGGAUUCGAAACACGGUUUCCCGGUUCCAGUGUUGAGAAGAACCUCGAUGGACGAGGAAUAAUCUUUUAUUUUAUCGUUUUUUUUCCCAAUUUUUUUCGCAUUUUUCUCUAGUCUCUCUCUCCAUCUCUCUUUCCCGCGUAAAUACACCCUAUUUUACCUUUUUACCCCUAAAAAUUCAUUUUUUUUUCACAAAGUUCUUAAUGUCUACGUGUAUAGCAUAAUCCUAUGGAUUUUUAGAUUAUACAAAAAUUUAAUUAUAUAAAUUUACAUGUAAA